AUGUCGUCGCCUCCUGGAGCUUCUUUACCGCAUGCACUGCAACAGAUGUCUAUAUCUGCGGAUCCUGCUGCCUCUUCCCAAACUCAGUCGAUACCAAAUCUCGACAAUCCCAAUGCAAGAUUGGAUCUCCAAUCGUCUUCUUCCUAUUCUUCUUUAUCGCAGCUCGAUAAUUCGAAUCACAACGACUCUGGUAGCGUUUCUUCAUCCCUGUCUUCUAGUUCUUCCGAUGACAGUACACACAAUGUUCCAGGUGACGAGCAUGAUUCUUUUUCUCGAUCUUCCUCUUCCUCUUCUUCUUCCCCAGGUAGGUCCUCUGAUCACUUAAAGUCCCGUCCUGUUCCCCCGGUACGAUUGGGACGUCGCUCUUCCAGCAAAAAUCGAUCUUCUCUUGCCGUAAACUGCAAUCAACCCGCUGAAAAUGCUGGCAGUACCCUUCCUUCUCCUUCACCCGUCGGUUCACCCCCCGCUUCUUCUAUGCAGUAUCCCGGUGGCUUAUCUUCCGAUAUUCAAGAGAAAGUAAAAGCCUUCCACGCCGCCCGUUCUAGAUCUUUCCCUGACAAUACCGGUAACUCAGCUACUGCUCCUACUUCUCCAAUUGUUGGAAACAGAUCUAGCAUUUCUAUCCCCUGCGCUCCUCUUCCUCCCAAAGUCCCUGUUUCUGGGCCAAAAGGCUCAGCUGGCGCUGAUUCAAACUUAGCCCGUUCUCUUGCCGCCGCAAGGAUUCCAGCGCGUUCUGCUACAUUACCCAAACCAAACAAAAUGCGCCGCGCUCCUCCUGGAAAACUUGACCUAUCGAGCAACACUACCGCUCCUUCAUCCGCUGGUGAUGAAUCAAACUCAAAUGGCAGUAUGGCUUCACGACGCGGUCUAAAAAUUCCUCCAAGCCUCCGACAAUUUGCCUCUGAAACCCCAUUUUCUACGUUUUCUGAUAUUUUGGAUGCUAAAUCUGGUAGCCUUAAUUUCAAAAAUAAAGCCAUUCUCAAUGCUGACGGUGUUAACUUCUCUUCGGGUUCUUCUUUUCGAAUUAAUAUGUCUGAAAUAAUAAAGCUUGCCGAGUUAGGUAAGGGCAAUUACGGUGUUGUAUAUAAAGCUUUACACCGCCCGAGUGGUGUUACAAUGGCUGUUAAAGAAAUCCGUCUUUCUUUGGAGGAAGCUACUUUCAACCAAAUCAUUAUGGAACUCGACAUUUUACAUAAAGCCACUAGCCCUUAUAUAGUCGACUUUUAUGGUGCUUUUUUUGUUGAGGGUUCAGUUUUCAUCUGCAUGGAGUACAUGGACGUUGGUAGCAUGGAUAAGUUAUAUGUAGGUGGAAUUACAGAUGAGGGUGUCUUGUCGCGUAUUGCUUACGCUGUACUACAAGGUCUAAAGACACUAAAAGAAGAACACAACAUUAUUCAUCGUGAUGUCAAGCCCACCAAUGUACUCGUUAACUCCUCUGGACAAAUUAAAUUAUGUGAUUUUGGGGUUAGUGGAAAUUUGGUCGCUUCCAUCUCGAAAACUAACAUUGGUUGUCAAUCCUACAUGGCGCCCGAAAGGAUCCGUGUAGGUGGCGGCGGUAACGGUGUAUUAACUUAUACUGUACAAGCUGAUAUUUGGUCUUUGGGUUUAACCAUACUAGAAAUGGCAAUUGGUUGUUACCCAUAUCCUCCUGAUUCUUAUACAUCCAUUUUUGCUCAGCUUUCUGCAAUUUGUGACGGUGAACCCCCGAGAUUGCCCAGCUGCUUUUCUUCCGAAGCCCAUGAUUUCGUAAAUAGAUGUCUUCAAAAAAAUCCUUCAGUGCGUCCCGGCUAUCAAGAGUUGAGUACUCAUCCUUGGAUUCUCAAGUAUCAGAAUUCGGAUGUGGAUAUGCAUACAUGGGCUAAAGCCAAUUUAGAAAGUCGAGCUGCAGGGAAUAUCGAGAGGUAA